GGUCAGACCGCGCUCGUAGCCGACGGAAAUGGGUCGCGACGACGUCGGUGGUCAGUCGGUGACCGUCUGUGACAGUCGGUGAGCGUUGGUGAUCGUUGGUGUCCAGUCGGUGGUCUUUGGGGAUAGCCGGUGAUUGUUGGUGUCCGUCAGUGAGCAUUGGUGAUCGUUAGUGAUUUGUUGCGACUGACAGUGACCAUCAGUGACCUUAGGUGACUUGCGACGGGUGCCGUUGCCAUGACGACGGUGGACGCCGACUCGGUGGCGGCGGGAUACGAUGACGUACGGUCGGACCAGCGGACUGAUGUCAACUGGAUGGUUCUCAAGUACGAAGGUAACCAGAUCAUCAACUCCUGCACCGGUGACAGCUUUGAGGAGCUGCAGGAACAGUUCAAAGAUGACGAGCGGGCCUUCGUCUACCUCCGAAUAAACACGGGUGACGAGAUGAGCAAACGGACCAAGUUCGCACUGCUCAUCUGGCUCGGGCCCGAGGUCAGCGUCCUGAAGAAGGCCCGCAUGUCCACAGACCGGGCGCUGGUCAAACAGAUUAUACAGAAUUUCUCCGUGGAGAUAAUGCUCGAGUCCCGGGGAGAGCUGGAUCUGGAGUACCUCCGAUCUCGUGUGGAGAAGGCGGGCGGGUCCGUGUACGGCACCGGUCACCACUGACCUCGCGUGACCUCUGACCUGUCGGUGACCCGGCGGUGACCCGGCGGUGACUCCGCGGAUAUCGUGUUCUCUGCGCCAUUCACUAUAACAGCUCAGCGCCCCUGGCGGCUUCCCUCUACGCCAGUCUGCUGUGCGGCUCGAGUUGUAUGUCUGGCGCGCUUGUGUUGAGAUUAACGGGGCCUGGAGUGGGAAGGUAAAGAGUGGUGGUCUGCCUGGGUGGGUCUGAUGUAUGCCGGGACCAUCGAAUGACGUCACUGAGUUGGGCUCACUCGGACGAGUAGCGCAUGAAUCCGCUUUGAAUAUUGCCGCGCUCCAGCCUCGACUAGCGAAACAACUGUGAUGACGGGACUCGAUCAGUUGCUUAGAGCCAAUUUGUACAUGUGAUUUUUAGAGUGUCAGUUGAAAGAGGAGAAACCGAGUUCAACGAGGCUAUACUCCAUUCCAUCAGUUAUCCUAUGAGAUAAAAAUCAACGCGGUCUGGCCUAAAAAAAAAAUGUUGUAGGCCAGCUGGGGAAUACGUAUGAUACUUUUAGAGGUGCUCGAAUGCGCUUGUCUUCGCCGCUGUUUGUUUUGUACCUUGUUUGCUAUAUGGCUUGCCAAUUCGCCGUAGGUUUGUAUACCGGCCUAUGGGUGAGUACCAAAAGCAUUCCAAGUAACUGCAUUGCCAUGUGUGUGCUUUUGUAUGCCUUGCCCGAUGGAGAUUUGUAUGAUUUCUGUGACAUUGGAAUUUGAUAUAUUACAAUAUGAUAAACACUA